AUGAGCCGAUUGAUGUUCAACAUUCGCAGGCUCUCCACCUCCUUAGGGACAGAACCCGAACUGCUCUUGAGUGAUAUGGAAAUGAGCCGAGUGCAGAUGCGGUGUACCAAGGGCACUCGCGAGGGUGAACUGCUGGUCGAAGUGGAGAACGUCGGUCCCGACGAGUAUGAGUUGUCUCGCACGAAUUCGCCUGGUGAGAUCGUGGAGGAGCUGAGGGCUGUAACAUCCGCCGAUGUUGUACAGGAGGCAGAGACGAGCGGUUCAUUCAAAAUGAUCAAGGAGUCGGAGCUCGGCUACGCUGACGCUAUAGCUACUGAGCGACGGCCACGAACUCGCGGCAUCUCUUUAUCUGACGGCACUAUCAUCACACCAGCGGUCGCGGAUGAAGAGUUGAUUCAACGGAUCUACGCGACGAACAGGAACGAUGUCGAUAACGGGCUUGACGCAUGGAUGUGUAGACGAUGUAAGAAGAAGAGUGGGGCCAAUGGUCUAGCGGCGACUUCAAGUGGCCAGGAGAUGAGACCCAAGACAAUUGAGAUUCAGGAUGAGAAGAUUGUCUCUGCCCAAACCUCACAUUCUCCAGGGAAGACCAAGGCCGAAGUCAAUAAAGCGAACUUCGAAACAAUUGAAAUUCUGUCCGAUGACGAGACCCGAAUUUCACCUUCAGUUCUUGCGUCCUCAUCCUCGUCCCAGCGUCCUAUUUCACCUGCCUCACGUCCCAUCCUCUCCCCUUCCACUUCGAGUAGCCAUAAACGUCCUGCAGAGGCAUCCACACGCCAUUCAGCCGACACUUCGAAACGACUGCGCACGACUUCUGAGGGUAAUGCAAACUACACGGAAUCAUCUCUCGCAAUACUGAAGCCUCUGGAUGGCAACGAUCAUGGCGUCGCUUCCAGCACAGAUGUGCGUCCAGAGAUAAUCAUGCCUACAACAAGUCUACAGAGCCGCGAUACCUCGGUUGGUAACACCAUGCUACCUGGUACCCCUGAAACGGAACAGAAAUCAGAAUCCGGAGCCUGUCCUAAAUUAUUGUCCUCCCCGUCAUCGGCAAGACGGGUUCCGCCACUUCCUGCGAAAACGGCGCGUCCUGGAGUUCAUCCUCCAUCCCGUUCCCAGCGGACACCCUUGUUCCUCCCCUCUGCCUCCCCAACCCCUGGUCUUUCACAGUUUGCCACCAAAACUCGUAAUGGAGCAUCUCGUACCCCGCUCUUCCUCCCCUCGAUGUCCACUGCCCCGGGCCAAGGUGGCCACCCGCGGGGACCAAGCACGUCCAGUCUGCGUGCUUCCUUCACUCCGACAGCACAGGAAGAGUACGCGCAGGUACAACCGUCCUACGAGAGGUCGCGGGAGCCGCUGGAUCUCAACACAGUGUUCACUCGAAUGAAUCUUGAGAAGACAGCAUUCGGGGAAGGGAAGAGUGAGCGAGCGUUGCUGGAUAGGAUCGAGCGGUUACAAAGGCGGGAGCCUUCCGCGGGUACAACCGAUCCAGAGCCGUCGUCUGGAAGAAUGGAAUGGAACAGAAUGUACGUGAGGGAUGAUAUGGAUGAGCUCUACGCCAGCGAGAGCGAGGCGGAACGCGGAGUACCCUCGGCUGAUCAGAGGAAGCUCGCAACGCAGGAGCCGCAACCAGAACCGGCAGGGAUCGCUCUCUCACCUGCAACGGCUGCCUCGUUAUCUUCUGUCUCGGCGCUGGUCCUAGAUACCCCGGAACUGGAACUGAAACCUUUGCCCGUCCUGUAUCCACAUCUAGAGCGCUUCAGCAAAGCGCCCAUCUUACCCGGUUCGAGGGAUCCGAAGAGAAGCUCGGAGUAUCGUGGCAGAGCGAGGAAGGCACCAGCGGAGAAGACGAAGAAGCGCAAGCGGGGGUUAGGGUUCUGUGUGAUUGGAGGGGUAGGUGUGUGACAGGGCGGAGGACUUAGUGGCGUAUGCACCCCCUCCGGUAUCUUGGUUGCUCUUGUACUAUGAAGUAUUGCGGUCUGUAUUUUUAGGGGCCAGAAGUGCUGCGGGCGGCGUAACGUGCCCGCUUGAAAGCGUAUAUAGCGGGCGCAAUAUAUAGAGUUCCAUCCGC